UGAGACCGUUUUGACUCAAUGCGAAAACAUGGCAGACAUCGAAAAUUUAAAGUGAAACGAAACAACAGUCUGUCAAUUUAAUUAUUAAGUCGUGUUGUGCAAAUUGAGCAAAUAUGUUUGUUGCAAAAAGUAUUCAGUCCGACCACAAAGACCUGAUUCAUGAUGUUUCUUUUGAUUUUCACGGAACCAGAAUGGCUACAUGUUCCAGUGACCAAUGUGUGAAGAUCUGGGACCAGGACAGCAGCAAUGGUGAAUGGAAGUGCUCCGCCAGCUGGAGGGUCCACAGUGGGUCGGUCUGGAGGGUGACCUGGGCACAUCCAGAGUUUGGCCAGGUGGUAGCUACGUGCUCGUUUGACCGGACAGCUGCCAUCUGGGAAGAGAUGAUGGGAGAAAACCUUGCAGAGGGUGAGCACCAUGCGUGGAUCAAGCGAGCCAGUCUUGUGGACAGCAGGACUGCAGUGACUGACGUCAAGUUUGCACCCAAACAUCUGGGAUUUCUACUUGCUACAUGUUCCACAGACGGGAUAGUGCGGGUCUACGAGGCCCCUGAUGUGAUGAACCUCAGCCAGUGGUCCCUACAGCAUGAGAUCUCCUGUAAACUCAAGUGUAGCUGCCUCUCUUGGAACACAUCUCGUCGUCACCCAGCCAUGCUUGCUGUAGGAAGUGAUGAUCCCAAUCCAUCUGCUGGGGGCAAGGUGCAGAUCUACGAAUACAACGAUGCCAAUAGGAAGUGGAACAAAGUGGAAACAAUUGCCAUGGUAACAGAUGCAGUUCAUGACGUGGCGUUUGCCCCCAAUCUGGGGCGCUCCUAUCACUUGCUGGCUGUGGCAUCUAAAACGCUCAAGGUCAUCAGUAUUGAGCCUUUAAGGAGAGAUGGCACUCUCAGUGGAGCAACAGGUCUGACACGGUUUGAGUUGCGCCAGGUCGGAGAUUUCCCCAACCAUGACUCUCAGGUGUGGAGAGUGUGCUGGAAUGUGCUGGGUACAGUCCUCGUGUCUUCAGGAGAUGACAGCUGUGUACGCAUGUGGAAAGGUAACUACCUGGGUAACUGGAAGUGUAUUGCUGUGAUGAAGGGUGACGGUACUAAGAUAGACAUGGAGCGGAACCAGUCCACUCUCUACUCUAGGGACAAACAGACUGCACAACCAGUCAGGAAGUCUCUUCUGAACAACAAUCCAGUCUAGAUGGAAAGUGUCGUGCCUGAUAAGCUGGGACUACACUUUACACACAUGACACCAGCACAAGGAGUGAUGAAUAUCCGACGUAGCGAAGGCUGGCCAAAGUUUACAACCAACAAGGACCAGGGCAAUGUGAUGAUGUGAUACCCUGGCAUGUAGAUGGAACAGAACACAAGACAAUAAUAUCUGGCUUCUAUUGAUCUUUUUUGUAUGGAACAGUCUAGGUUUCGAAAAGAGUCUGUAUUUGAAAUACUAACUUAUACAAAAAUGAAUGGUCAGUAUUUUAAAAACUAAUAUGAAAGUUUUUUAGGCCUGGACAUUCACGUAGACAGAUAACAUUCAAAUUUUAUGUAAGCAAACUCAAUAAUUUUCGGACACUAAAUUUUUUCACACCCCCUUCGUUGGCCAAUAUAAAUAUUUUUUGUAACUCAAAAUUUUCGAACAUACAGAUUUCUUUAAUAAUGUAGGACUCUACAUUUUUGGACAGUACAAUUUACAGUGCUGUUUUACCAGAUUUCGUCCCUUUUUCGCUUAUCUGGUGUCCAUCAUUCUUUUUAUGACCACAUUCAGGUGAUAAAACCUAGCAGGUGAAUACCUUGGGCAAUUGACCAUAUCAAUUGUGUAAUUAGGUAAAUAACCAUCUAUAUGGGUAAUAUGUGAUAGUUUCUCCCUAGAGUGAUAACUGUGAGAAAUAAAUACUCCAGAACAAUUUUUAUUUAAGUGCAUUAAUUACAGGUUCAUAAUAGAGUAUCAGUAAAUCAAAAGAUCAUCUUUUAACACUUUUGGUCAAAAAUGACCAUUGGAGUAACUUUCUGUUCAAAAGAGCAUGAGAAAUUAUUUUAAUAAAGUGCAAAUAUAUGUAAAAGUAAAUACUUUACUGCGUGGUAUUUAACAAGCACAUGAUAUAAGUCGUUUAUACAAUGGUUGUUUUACAUGUUACAAACCCGCAUCAGAUUGAUAAUACAAUUUGUCUAGUUCUUCUAGUUUUUGUCUUAGUUUUUUUUUUAAAUUACUUUUUAAGUGUCAGAAAACAUAGAGUAAUUACAGCAUGUUUGAUGUGACACUUGUGCAGUUAAGAAAUCUUAUGUGUUUUGUGGUUUAAGUUCCUUAAAUUGUGUUAAAAUAUGCGAAUUGUUUUUUGUUAAGGUACAUGUGCUAUCAUUGUGAAAAUCAUUGUAUCACUUAUGUAAAUAAAUGCUUUACAAAGCA